AUGGCUCCAACCGCUAUGGCAAAGAAGGCCAAGGGAAAGAAGCCCGCGGAUCCCAGCGAAACAUCAAAGCUCUUGGCAGCCAAAAUAUCCCAACUAGAGCAAGAUGCGGCGGGAGAAAAGGACCAGGAGGCUGAAAUUGAACGAGAAGUUAAAAAAGCUACUCGUGACUUAAAUCAGCUCUUGAACAAUAUAGAAUCGCCCAUGACACGCCUUGAGACUGUCCAUAAAAAGUACACUGAACUGCUUGCCGAUAUGAAGAAGCUGGAUCGAGAUUAUGCGAAGAGCAAGAAAAGGGCCGAUCAGCUACAGAAGGACCAAGAUAAGGGAAAAUCUGAGCUGAACAAAACUGCUACCAUGAAGGAUAAACUUGAAAAGCUGUGUCGAGAAUUGACGAAGGAGAAUAAAAAAGUCAAGGAUGAAAACAAAAGACUUGAAGAGAUAGAGAAAAAAGCUCGUGGGGUCGUGAACGCACGACUCGACUCCCUACUCUUUGACAUUCAGGACUUCGUUACAGCACGGGGUGAUGCUCGUGGAGAAAAAGCCGAUAUCGAUUUGGACGACGCUCUUCGUGCGAAAAUCAAGACCAUUGGCGAAAAGUUUGAAGCGCGGGAACUGCAUUAUAAAUCUCUCCUCCGCAGUAAGGAUGCGGAAAUCCAAAGCUUAACUGCCAAAUACGAAGAACAAAGGCGUGGGGCGGAAAGCGAAGCGCACAGAUGCCGUGCUUUGAGUAGCCAAGUCUCGACGUUUUCACAAACUGAAGCUGAGUUAAGAAGCCAACUCAACAUCUAUGUUGAAAAAUUCAAACAAGUUGAAGAUACGCUAAAUAAUAGCAACGAACUGUUUUUAACCUUCCGCAAAGAAAUGGAGGAAAUGGCAAAGAAGACCAAGCGACUGGAAAAAGAAAACAUGACACUAACUCGGAAACAUGAACAGACGAACCGUAACAUUUUAGAGAUGGCGGAAGAACGAACUCGAAAUAACGAAGAGCUCGAAAGAUGGCGCAAAAAGAGCAACAACCUUGAAGCUCUCUGUCGACGUAUGCAAGAGCAGGGAAGAGGCCAAGCCCUUGCCGGUGAGCUUGAUGCGGUAGAUGAUGAAGGAACGGAAAGUGAAUACGAUGAUGAAUUUGAAGAUGAAGAGGAUGAUGAAAACUCGAGUGACGAGGGAGUAUAUGAGGAGCAUCAUCAUCACCACCAUCACCACCACCACCACCAGCACAAUGGUGAACAUCAAAAUUCACCAGCGAUAAACCGAGCUCCGGACGGCAAACCGUUUUUUGGACCACCACCACCACCAGCACUUGUGGAGACAAAAUCUAAUGGGCAUCGUGGUGUUGUAAAUGGGUACAGGCAUUAG